AUGAUGAUGAUGCAAAUCAUCACAACCACCACAACAACCUAUGUAUUAUUCACAACCACCGCCACCACCACAGGCAUGGAUUUUAGUCCAAACUACGAGGCUGUUUUCAGGGAAAUUGAACAACUUAAAGUUUGUUUGGAUAAAGCUUUGCUAUAUGAGUCAUAUGCAUUGUUCUUGGAAGCAAAGGGAAUGAUGAAUGAGGCUCAUUUUGUGUAUCAGUCAGGCAUUUCAAGGAAUGCUGAACCAAUAGAGAAGUUGAAGAAGGCACAUGCCUAUUUUCUUGAGAGAAUGCAAGCAAUAAUAAAUGCUUGUUCACAUAAGAAGGUGGAUGGAGGAUCCCCUCUUAACAGUGGUUCAAAUUGUAUAAAUCCAUGA